AACCCUAUUGAGUGUUUUUUAACUAAAUUAACAUGGCUCGAAUGAACCGCCCAGCUCCAGUGGAAGUCACAUACAAGAACAUGAGAUUUCUUAUUACACACAAUCCAACCAAUGCGACCUUAAACAAAUUUAUAGAGGAACUUAAGAAGUAUGGAGUUACCACAAUAGUAAGAGUAUGUGAAGCAACUUAUGACACAACACUUGUGGAGAAAGAAGGCAUCCAUGUUCUCGAUUGGCCUUUUGAUGAUGGUGCACCACCAUCCAACCAGAUUGUUGAUGACUGGUUAAGUCUUGUAAAAAUUAAGUUUCGUGAAGAACCUGGUUGUUGUAUUGCUGUUCAUUGUGUUGCAGGCCUUGGGAGAGCUCCAGUGCUAGUUGCCCUAGCAUUAAUUGAAGGUGGAAUGAAAUAUGAAGAUGCAGUACAAUUCAUAAGACAAAAGCGGCGUGGAGCUUUUAACAGCAAGCAACUUUUAUAUUUGGAGAAGUAUCGUCCUAAAAUGCGGCUGCGCUUCAAAGACUCCAAUGGUCAUAGAAACAACUGUUGCGUUCAAUAAAACUGCAGGGCUUGAUGCUAUUCCCUUGGAAGUGGAACUUGAGACAGGACCGGAUUUGUCAUACGUAUUAGCCAACGUGUUGGCUUGGUGAAAAAGUCUAAUGAAGCUUCCAUGGGAGUAUUGAAAAAGCAGUUUUACCAGGCUGCAAAGCUUGACAGAAUUACAACCUCUAUUUUAAGGUUAUAAUCAACCUAUUUGGACACUUAACAAAAGAUUCUUGCUGUUGAGCAUUUAAAAUGUGCUUAUUAUUUGUACCAAUUGACCCUUCCUGAAAUCAUGCGGUAUUGAGUUAUGUCUUUAAGUCUAUUCCCAUGCCAGAAUCUUAUCAAUAUGUAAGAAAUUUAGAAAGAUUAGGUGCCAAAAUACCCAGCACAAUACUUGUAUAUUUUUAGUAUCAUA